AUGGCUCCCCUGAACUGGCUUCCAUGGGGCAACAAACUGGCGCCAGACAAUGCCACUAGCUCUGAAACAGCUGGAGCAGCUGGAGCAGCUGGAGCUGGCGACAACGACGACGAUACCGGUGCCCCCAGUGCCCCUCCAGCUCCUGCCGAUUAUAACGAAGAAGGCGACGUCAACGACGACGAUGAGCUUCCCGAUGAUGACCACGAUACUCAUGGUUACGGGGAUAACGCCGAGGAGACGGAUGACGGUACUAACGAGAGAGAUGACGGGGUAAAUGAGGAAGAAGAAGCAGGCCUGAGGCGUCGUAAAGGAUGGACGUUCUGGAAAUCAUCUCACAAGGAGAGUGACGAUGAGGAUAAAGGGUCACCAGCGCCUAAACCGAAACUGCUGAAACCACUGGCUAAUACCAUUAUCCCGUUGGAAGAACCUGAGGACGCCGUGUUGUAUAAACCUCACGAUAAUGCCACUCAGUUUGAACGGAUGAAUGCCGAUAAAAACACUCUGGGCCAUACCAAUUGUGUUGUCCCUGAUUGGGAUGAUUGUUUACCUAGUCAGCGAGCAGGGCUAGCAGCAGUGCUCUUUGGUGACCCUCAUCUGACUCAAAACCACUCAGCCUCAACACUGACAGGGCUUGCCCAGCCAGAACAACCGGCUAAAGUCGAUUUGGGAGGGUGGAGAGAGUACCUUAGUCUGCUUUCACUGCGGUUAGGGUUUGGUCUGCUGGGUCUAGCUGCCGUGGUAGACUCACAAAUUGACCCUCAACUGGAAGAUCAAAGUGAUGCUAAACGCCUAGAACAAGAGGUGAAUUUGCUCUAUGAAAAGACGUAUAAAUUAUACGGCAAGUGUCUCCAAAAGCUUCCACCAAGAAAGAGAGCGUGUUUACCUAAUUACUCAAAACACUUUGACCCCACUGAUGGGCUUUGGGUACCCACUCUGGACCUGGAAACUGAACCCAACCCUGAAGAUAUUCUGAUCCAGGAUGAUCCGAUGGGUAAUAUGUUGAUUAACCACCGACGUCGCCAACAGCAUAACCAGAACCAUACUGCUACUGAGAUCCAAACCACUACUUCAGGUCAACUACGCAAAAUUAAAAAAAUUCUCAUUAUUGGUGUUCAUGGUUUCUUCCCCACAAAGAUGAUUCGUCCCAUUAUUGGUGCACCCAAGGGCACUUCAUUGAAAUUUGCUAAUGAAGCCGAGAGGGCAAUUUUACGUUAUUGUCGAGAAAAUGGUCUCAUUCUGGAAAAAGACCCGAAUGACCUUUCCAUCCAGAAAAUCGCCCUUGAGAAAGAAGGUAAAAUAUUCGAUCGGGUGGGCUUUUUCACUGAAGUGUUAAUCAAAUGGCGUCAAGAGUUAAACGAUGCUGAUUUCAUCUUUAUCGCCGCUCACUCUCAGGGUUGUGUGGUUCUGAUCAUUUUACUUGCCCGACUCAUUGCAAUGGGAAUCCUUGAAAACCCAUUAUACAAACGUAUUGGCAUCUUAGGGAUGGCCGGUAUCAAUAACGGUCCUUUUUACGGAGCAGAUAGCCUGUUGUUGAUGAAGGCGUACUCUACAAUCGAGCACGACUCGAUGCUUGAGCUUUUUGAGCUUACCAAGUUCGAUCUGGACCAGCUGGUGGAGUAUAAGCAGUCGAUGCAAAUCAUCGUCAAUUGUAACGUUAAGAUUUGCUUUAUUGGUUCAAUUAAUGAUCAGUUGGUUCCCCUUUACUCAGCGCUUGCUAGCCACGUGUUCCACCCCAAUAUCUACCGUGGAUGCUACAUUGACCACUCGUCAAAUACUCCUGCGUUUAUUAAGAAGCUUGUCCUGCUUUGUUGCCACUUACAAAACUUGGGGUACUUCGACAACAACGUGAUUAAGGAAUUGUCCCCGUCGUUGGCAGGCCCAAUGACCGGCGGUGGCCACCUGAAGAUCUAUAACGACGGCAAAGUGUAUGACAUUGGCCUCAAAUUCGUCCUUGACACCGACGACAUCGUCGUGCCGCCAGCAAUGAAGCUGGUUCGGUUUUUAGGGUACGAUCCUAAGCCUCACCGGCGCGAUAUUUUGGGAGUUUAUGGUCUGCUUCCGCAACCGUAUGGUGGUGAAGAUAUGGGGACAAUGAUUGUCAAGAUCCCCGAGCUGAACCAAGUGUACAUUAAGGAGUUUAACGUGUCCAAGAUUGGUUCCAACCCGUACAUUCUCCCUUGGUGUUUGCGGGGUUUAUUAUUCAAUAUUGAGCGUAACUGGCCCAAUACCCAUCGCCUAUUGCUGGUGGAUCUGGGUAAGAGUAUGGGCACCAGUGGCUACGACGAGAUCAACGAGUUGCACGAGGACUUCGAACACUGGAAACCGGUGACCAAACAAAUGAAGGAAUUGAAACACCGGUUGAACGGGAUGAGGGUAAGUAAGCUAUAG